GCUCCUCUCUGCUGCCCCUCUACAACCCCCGCCCCCCAGUCGGCCCAGCCGGGCCGGCCGAGUUUGCAGAGAGGUAACUCCCUUUGGCUGCGAGUGGGCGAGCCAGCUGCGCGUUGCAAAGACGGAUCUGGGGAGCCAGGCGCCCGCGGGGUACCUUCAGCACCUCAGCCAGGACCUGGCUGCACGUGAGCUGCGUCCCCAGGUUCCCCUCACGCCCUCUCUACCUUCCCCUGCAUGUGCGCCCCGCCAGUUUGUGGGAUCAAAGAUCAAAGGAUGAAAAGGCAAUCAGGUCUCCAGUAGCCAAAAAAAACAACAGCAGCAACAAAACCCCUCAAAAAAAAAACAAACCAAAACAAGCAAAAAGAAAACACUCAAACCAAAACAAAAGCAAAAAACACAGAAAGAAAACUAGCCCGGCUCCUACUGCACCUGCUUCAGUGGACACUGAAUCUGCACGGCGGAGAGCCCCCACCCCCUUUUUUUUUCUUCAAGAUUUGAGCAUCUUUAGAAUCUACCGUCCAAGUAUUCAGGAACAGACUGUGAGCCUAGCGUGUUUUCGUCUGCAGGCUUGGAGGCUGUCAGAGCGCGCUUGUAUGGUUAUUCCUGCAAGUUUCUUUCUCAGGAGCGCCCCGCAGGUGGGCAGCUAGCUGCAGUGACUACCGCAUCGCAGCCUGUUGAACUCUUCUCGGCAACAGAAAGGAAAGCGGGAUAAAGGAAUUAGGUGGAAGAGUCAGCCAAGCUCAAGGAUGGAGGUGCAGUUAGGGCUGGGGAGGCUGUACCCCCGGCCGCCGUCCAAGACCUAUCGAGGAGCUUUCCAGAACCUGUUCCAGAGCGUCCGCGAAGUGAUCCAGACCCCCGGCCCCCGGCACCCUGAGGCCGCCGCGAGCGCAGCACCUCCCGGCGCCCAUUUGCAGCAGCAGCAGCAGCAGCAGCAGCAGGAGACCAGUCCCGGACAGCAGCAGCAGCAGCAGGGUGAGGAUGGCUCUCCCCAAAGCCAGAGCAGGUGCCCCACAGGCUUUCUGGCCCUGGAGGACCAACAGCAGCCUUCACAUCACUCAGCCCCCGAGGGCCACACGGAGAGUGGCCGCCUCCCAGAGCCCGGAGCUGCCUCGGCCGCCGGCAAGGGGCUACCGCCGCCGCCAGCACCUCUGGACGAGGAUGACUCAGCUGCCCCAUCCACGUUGUCCCUGCUGGGCCCCACUUUCCCGGGAUUAAGUAGCUGCUCUGCCGAUCUUAAAGACAUCCUGAGUGAGGCCGGCACCAUGCAACUCCUGCAGCGGCAGCAGCAGCAGCAGCAGCAGGCGGUAUCCGAAGGCAGCUGCAGUGGGAGAGCGAGGGAGGCCGCUGUGGCUCCCACGUCCUCCAAGGACAGUUACCUAGCGGGCAGUUCGACCAUCUCAGACAGCGCCAAGGAGUUGUGUAAGGCAGUGUCGGUGUCCAUGGGCUUGGGUGUGGAGUCCUUGGAGCAUCUGAGUCCGGGCGAACAGCUUCGGGGGGACUGCAUGUAUGCUCAGCUCCUGGGAGGUCCACCCACUGUGCGUCCCACUCCCUGCGCCCAGCUGGCCGAAUGCAAAGCUUCUUUGCUGGAUGAUGGCCCAAGUAAGGGCACCGAAGAGACAUCUCAGUAUUCCCCUUUCAAGGCAGGUUACACCAAAGGGCUGGACGGCGACAGCCUGGGCUGCUCUGGCAGCGGUGAAGCAGACGUCUCUGGGACACUUGAGCUGCCAUCCACCCUGUCUCUCUACAAGCCUGGAGCACUGGAAGAGGCAGCGGCUUAUCAGAAUCGCGACUACUACAACUUUCCGCUGGCCCUGGCGGGGCCGCUGCCCCCUCCACCGGCUCCCCAUCCUCACGCCCGCAUCAAGCUGGAGAACCCGCUGGACUACGGCAGCGCCUGGGCAGCCACGGCGGCGCAAUGCCGCUACGGGGACCUCGGCAGCCUGCACGGCGGGGGUGCGGCGGGUCCCAGCUCCGGCUCGCCCGCGGCCGCCGCCGCCUCCUCUUCCUGGCACACACUCUUCACGGCCGAGGAAGGGCAGAUGUAUGGGCCCUGUGGCAGUAGCUCUGGUGGCAGCGCGGGCGAGGCGGGGGCCGUAGCCCCCUAUGGCUACACUCGGCCACCUCAAGGGCUGGCGGGGCAGGACGGCGACUUUCCCCCGCCUGAUGUGUGGUAUCCCGGUGGCGUGGUGAACAGAGUGCCAUAUGCAAGUCCCAGUUGUGUCAAAAGCGAGAUGGGCCCCUGGAUGGAGACCUACUCCGGACCUUAUGGUGACAUUCGUUUGGAGACUCCCAGGGACCAUGUUCUGCCCAUUGACUAUUACUUCCCACCCCAGAAGACAUGUCUGAUCUGUGGAGAUGAAGCUUCUGGCUGUCACUAUGGAGCUCUCACUUGUGGAAGCUGCAAAGUCUUCUUUAAAAGAGCUGCUGAAGGGAAACAGAAGUACCUGUGUGCCAGCAGAAAUGAUUGCACCAUCGAUAAAUUCCGAAGGAAAAAUUGUCCAUCUUGCCGUCUCCGGAAAUGCUAUGAAGCAGGGAUGACUCUGGGAGCCCGGAAGCUGAAGAAACUCGGUAACCUGAAACUACAGGAGGAAGGGGAGACUUCCAGUGCCAUCAGCCCCACUGAGGAGACAACCCCGAAGCUGACCGUGUCACACAUUGAAGGAUAUGAGUGCCAGCCCAUCUUCCUGAACGUCCUGGAAGCCAUCGAGCCAGGCGUGGUGUGUGCUGGACAUGACAACAACCAGCCCGACUCCUUUGCAGCCUUGCUGUCUAGCCUCAAUGAACUGGGAGAAAGACAGCUUGUGCAUGUGGUCAAGUGGGCCAAGGCCUUGCCUGACUGCAGUGUUGCCAUCAACAGAAGCUUGGUAGUGCAGUGGAGACCAGAGCAGUCCCAUGCCCCAGGGGCAGCAGAUCUUACUCAAGGGGCAGCAGAUCUUACUCAAACAUUCUCUAGGGUGAAAGAGUUUGCAGCACCACUCUUCCGGUACCGCAUGCACAAGUCCCGGAUGUACAGCCAAUGUGUCCGAAUGAGGCACCUCUCUCAAGAAUUUGGCUGGCUGCAAAUCACGCCCCAGGAAUUCCUGUGCAUGAAGGCACUGCUGCUCUUCAGCAUUAUUCCAGUGGAUGGGCUGAAAAAUCAAAAAUUCUUUGAUGAACUUCGAAUGAACUACAUCAAGGAACUUGAUCGUAUCAUUGCAUGCAAGAGAAAAAAUCCCACAUCCUGCUCAAGGCGCUUCUACCAGCUCACCAAGCUCCUGGACUCUGUGCAGCCUAUUGCACGAGAGCUGCACCAGUUCACCUUUGACCUGCUAAUCAAGUCCCACAUGGUGAGCGUGGACUUUCCAGAAAUGAUGGCAGAGAUCAUCUCUGUGCAAGUGCCCAAGAUCCUUUCUGGGAAGGUCAAGCCCAUCUAUUUCCACACACAGUGAAGCUUUGGAAGCCCCCAUUUCCUCACUGCACCCUGCUCCCCUGUCAGAGAUCUUCUGCCUGUUAGAACUCUGCACAACUUCUCUGCCGUGCCUUGGGGAAUUCCCUCUAUUGAUGUAGUCUGUCACGAAGAUGUUCCUGAGUCCUGGAAGCUGGGCUUUUCUCUCUCUUCCACCUUCCCCUGCUGACCUUCCCACGGCACUUUCAGACUCUGCUCCUGCCAUGGCUCUUCUCUGUGUUCUGAAUGGUGUUGUAUUCCUUUAAAUCUGUGGUGAUCCUCACGUGGCCCAGUGUCAAGUUGUGCUUGUUUAUAGCACUGUGCUAUGUGCCAGCCACACAAACGUUUACUCACCUAAUGCCACGUGAAUUUCGCAGAACUAAGAGUAUCUGGGAAAGCAAAAUCAACAGCAACAACCACCCAAAACAAAACACAAAAAACCUUGCUAGGAUAUUUUUCCUAUCAAAACUACAAAAACAAAUCCCCAAAGAGGCUGACAGUGAUUAGAAUAAGGUGAACAUUACAGGCCCAUGGGGAUCCACUGCUUUUGGCCCAAACCCUCCCUACUCAGGAGACUUAUAUUCUGCUGAUGGCUAUUGGCAUUAGAGGGCAGGGUGACCCCCGAGCUGGUUCGUGGUGGAGACAGGGUUAAGACAGGACAAAGAGGACAGAUGGGUCACCAGCACCUGCCCACAGCCUUGGCUCCUGAGGGGUAGACUGCUCAAGUGCAGUGCGCUUCAUUGUGCUGAAAUGUGCUUCUUGUUUAAAAACUUGUCGGCAUGUGGACGCGCCCCCCACCCCCACCCCAUCUCCUCUGUCUUUCACCCUCUGCCUCCACCCUCAAAUGGACUUUCAACAGCUUUUCUAAGAACUUGGAACUGAAUUUUCCCUUUAGCCAAAACUUGGCCCUGGCCACUGAAGUGAGACCAUCGAGGAGAGGUGAGAUAAGGCCCCAUUCGAAUCCAGGUCAGCUUUCCCAUUUGUGGACCAGGAAGGAGCCUGGGGCUGGAGUCAGAGGGAAAAGGAAGCAGUGGCUUGGCUGUUGUGCUUGGCAUACUGAAGAAUGGGUUCCUCUUGCUCCCACCUUUAAAAUACCUGAAUGUUUUCAGCCUGACUCCAUGCAGCUGCAAGUUCCCUUCACCCCCUUCGGUGUUUCCUGGGCCUGAGCUUCAGCACGCGGCGUUACAGCCACAGUGGUGAAGCUUCCACUUCUCUGGGCUUGUUCACAGACUCUCUGCUAAGAGCCCCCAACACCAAGAAGGCCAGCAGCUUUAGCAUCUAUCUUCAGAGGCCAUCAGGGUCAAAGACUUCUUGCCAAAUGUCUCUCAUCAACUACCAGAUCUCUGGAGCCCUCAGAGAAACAGAAAAGAAGGCAUCACAAGAUUGGACAAGCUGGGCAUCUUGCCCUUGUCCCCCCGAGAUGGUGCCUUCCCACCAAGUGGAGAAAUGCCAACUUCUUCCUUCAGAGCAGUGAAAGGGGCUAUCCAGAUUAUGGCUGAAGAGAAAACUCCAUGACCAGGCUGAGAAGAAUGAAGGUACUCAACCCAGAACCCCUGGAAGCACUCUCCUUGCCCACCCACCCCCCACCCCCGCCCCAGCACAUCCGCUUGUGGAAGUCAUGGCAAUGAGAGAGCAGAAACCAAGAGGACACUCUGAAGACCCAAUUAAAGUCUUCAGUGGCAAAGCAUAAAGCCAGACGGGUGCCAUCUGGUGACUUCACUCCUCCCCCUCUGCUGCUGAUUCUGGGCUCCUUUGUUGCGGCCUCUGCAUCAGAGGGAAGCCGAGACAUUGAGAGUACCGAGCCACGGCCUCCUUUGGAAAGGUCUGGUUGGUGUGGCUCCAACGGGCUGCCACCCGUGAACUCACAGUGUGUUCCUGGGACACUGGUUUCAUGCAGUCCUUUGGCACACCUCUGUUCUGUUGACUUCGUCCCCCAAUCCCAAGUGCAGCGGGGGAUGGCCACCUACUUGCUCAUCUUGGCCACUGCCUCCUCACUUAGCUCUUAAAUUCAUCGGCUGAACUCAAGAAAUUAGGAGCCAGUCACCAAGCUGCCCAUUUUAGUUGGUUCACUUUACUUGUUGAGAAGAUAACUUUCUGAGUGACAUGAUAUGAUCUCCAUGGGUUUCAUCCCCUGAUUUCUGUGUUGAUAUUAAUAGCCAAAUGAACUUGCAAAACAGCGUCUUUAAAUAACAAGGGAAACAGGAACCUAAGAUGGCACUGCACCAAUCCAAGGCUGCCUGAGAAAAGCGAAGCUGCCAGGUUCUCUUGCUGGGGUAGGAUAGCUAAAUGUCGCUUGUCUUUGUUAUGAUACCUUUUGGCGUAUAGAAGCUCAUAGGAUCACUUUUAGCUGUUUUCAACAGAAAAAAAAAAUCCACCACUCUUUUCAGUUAAACUAGGUUACAUUUAAAUAGUUCCUUUACAUACGUUUUGAAAUGAUUCUCAUCUUUUGUGGUACAUGGAUAGCAUUCUAAUAUGUAUCCUUGUAAAGACUAGAGGCUCUCCUUUCCAUUUCUCUAACUAUCACAUUUUUCAUCUUUAUGGAUUUCCCAGUCGUGACUUGUCUUUAUGAAUAUAUAUGUUUUUCAUUUGUGAAAGCCCAAAAUCAGUGUAAUUGAAAGCAGGAACAACGGGAUUACUCCAAAUUCCUGAAUGGCAAGACUAGGGCAAAACAGCCUAAAGAAGGCCUACUGGUUUUGCAGUGGGGUUUCUAUGAGCAAAACGUAUUUUAGCUUGGAUCUGUUCUCCCACAGAUGAAAGGGCCAUGGGUGUUCCAGCCAAUGGAAUGGAAGGAAGUCUCAUUUUGCAUGCACCGCACUCUGCUCUAGAAACAGAGUUGAUGCGAUUCGUACACUGUGCUCACCCAUGAAGGAUCAGCACCCCGACCUGCGCACCUGUGAACUGGAAGAUGCCCAUCACUGAUAGACAAGGCACAGGGGCUAUCCCCAAAGACGUCUACAGUGUUCGAUGGGGAUGGAGUGUGAGGAAGAGAAAAAGCAGGAGCUCCAGAGAGAAGACCCCAUCUGUGGGGGCCGCAGACAGCUGCCACAAGCACCAAGUCUGUGCUCAAAGAAAAGAGGCCCGUGGCCGUUUCAGCUCCUGUUCAUUGCGCAGCUCACCCAGACCUGGCCUCUGAGCUGAAAUGGCGAGUGGGUUCUCUGAUCAUAGCUUUUCUGUGCCACAGACCGUAUCAUUGUCCUCGGAGAGUUCAUUCAUUUUUUUUAAUGAGAAAGGGAACUUUUGAAGGAUUCUGUCACAUAUCUUUGAAAAAGAAAAUCAGUAAUACAUAUAUAUUUUAUAUAUGUUCACUGGCACUAAAAAAGAAAAAAAAAACAAACAAAAAAAUGCUUCAUUCUGUCCUUGUGUGCUUUGGGUAGUUGCUGAGGGUUGAGAAAUAAUUUGCUGGUACUAGAGUCCCUCUCUGCCCAUAGUUUAUUUCUAAAUGCAUAUAUGCAUACAUAACAAGAACUCUGUUUGUACUUUAGGAGAAAGUAGGCCCAUCUUCAACAUGAUACUGACAUUAUACAAAUGAUGUAACUUUGAACAUCAAGUAGCACAGAUACGGCCUUGCCCUCUUUACUCCCUGGAUAUUUGGCAGGGAGCACAAGCCCAAGCCACUCCUUCUAUCCCUUCCCAACGCUGUGCCAGGCUUGCACUUCAUGAGACCCUCUCCUGACAGCUCAGUAGCUAUCCCCGUAUGGUCUGUGCACAGUGAACAGGGAAGCCAGGAGGCUGACCAGUGAUUCUCCUGUGCCAGUCGCCCAGAGGAGGGGCCACUGAGCCAAAGGAGUGGCCUUCAUGCUCCGCCCCCGAAAGGGAGUCAUGGGAAUCAGGAAUGCUAAAGCACAGGAUCAAAUCCCCAACUUAAAGUCACAAAAAGCCAUUUACCAUGUGCAAUUUCUUGUAAAAGGAAGUUUCUACCCCUGCUGCCUUUUAUAGGCAGUUCUACUCUCAUCACUAAUCUCUCUGAAAUCUUUGAAAGAUGUUUUUAAAAAGACAAAGACAUGAGAGCAUCACAUUAUAUAACCAAAGAUUACACUGUAUCUGCUAAGAUACCAAAUUUUUUAAGGGCAGGGAGGGAGUAAACAUUAGUGCCUCUUUGGUAAGCUAUCCAAAGACAGACUAAAGGACUUCGCUGGUGACUGACUCAUAAGACUUUUGUGGGUUCCCCCACCCCCACAAUAUAUGUUUAGAAGAGUGGGAGGUCAUUUUGACAAAACAUGAGAUUGUGGGUCCUUCACUGAGUGAUUGUACACGCAGAGCUAGCUUCCCUUUUUCCUAGUAGUCGUCGAGCACCUUUUUGAAGCGCCAUCAUCGCAUGGUUGGCCCCUGUGUUUGCUAGUGCCCAUGUUAGCUUAGCUGAAGAUGUGAAGCCCUUGCUGAGGAAGGACUUGCUUUUGCACUAGAGGGACAGCAGGCAGAAAUCCUCAUUUCUGCCCACUUUGGAAGACAUAAAAAGUUCUCUGCAGUUCAAGGCAGAAGGUUGAAAUAUACUGUAAAUGAGUAUUUGUAUCCAUGUUUCAAAAUUUAAUUAUAAUAUCUAUAUCUAUUUAUAUCUAUAUACUAAUAGAUAUAGAUAGAUACAUAUAUAGAUAGAGAUGUAAUGUGUUUUGAUAGCUUUACCUUUCUCUGCACCUUUAUAUUUGGCUCUAGGUCACGAUGGAUACCAUGUACUUGUGAGAGAGGCUGCACUUACAUUUUGGAAGCUCUCUCAGAACGCAAGACACCCGGGUUGAUCAGAUAACGAAGAGAUCACUGCCCCUACUGGGGCCUGACCCACAGGCCUUGCAAAGGAGCAGAGGGGGACAAUUGGUAGGGUACAGGAUGUAUUGCACUUUACUAGCCAGAGACUGAUGAAUGUUUAAAGGGUGGUGCAAACCCAUUGGAACCAACUGGGAUUUACUAUAUGGAUGGCCCAGACUUGGGGCCAAAGGCCCACCCAAAUGAUUAGCCAGUGGCCCCCUAAUGGGACCUGAGCAGUUGGAAGAAGGAAGGACAUUCUUUGUUCUUCACCAUCCUUGUGAGAAAAGGGCAGUUUAUUGCACUUGGGAACCUCGAGCAAGAGCUCCACCUUUCACAUGAUUAAUUCACCUGCGAUAGAGGUCUCUUGCUACUGGGUGUCUGUGUGCUUUAAUUCUGAUUUUGGAUAUGUUCUGUAAAGAUUUUGACAAUGAAAAUGUGUUUUUCUCUGUUAAAAAUUUGUCAGUGUACUAGAAGUAGUAUCUCUAUAGGUACAGGUCCAUCUCUGCCCACAGGCAGGGGUAUUUUUCUUCAAUUAAGAGAUUGACACUGGGGUCCGUUGCCCAGAGCCUCCCAACUCUCAACCAUUUCUAGGUGAAAGCAGAAAAAUCCACACUAUUCACUCCUCUUCAGACACUUCAACUAAGGUACCAAACUAUUUGGAAUGUUCCCACUCCCCCCGGAAUGAGUGGUAUUUGAAUUUAGCAGGUAGAGUCGUAAAGAAUACAACAACACUCUUUGACUCAGCUUCAAUGUAUCCCCAUUUGAUUUGGCCAGACAGUAAGUAAUAGGUAUCGAUUGGUUUCCAGCACCAAUUCAGUAUAGCAGGGGUGCUGGUUCCCUUCCUCAUCCCCCUUGUUCUUGGCCUUUCAUGGAAUUAAAUGAGAAGCUAUGAACUGCGUGGCCCUUGUGGCCCAAAGCAGUCCCCACAUGCACACUUAACAAGGCUGCCGUAUAGCUGCAGAUUCCACUGGCUACUGAAGUCUAGACCGUCCACAAAGCCCAAAAGAAAGACCAUUCUGAAAUGCUACUUCUCUGGUGGUGCCCUCCCUGGCUGAUGUUUCAAAUGGGAGACCGUGUUUCCUGCACAACAGAAAGGCCAAGCCCCCAGUCUCUCCCAACCUGAGCCCUUGGUGCUAACUGUCCAGCAGUGUCGUGCCUGUGGGGUUGUCAUAUCCCAUAAGCCAUCCGGGUGCUGAGAGGAGUCACCCCUGGGAUGGCCCAAGCCAAAACAGAGUCCCCUCGCCACUCAGUGACACCUUUCUGCUUUCCCUUAGACUGGAACAUUGAUUAGGGAGUGCCUCAAACAUGACACUCUUAUGCUGUCCUUGAGAUUAGUUUGGCAGCAGGAGAGAGCAGACUGUCUAACCAGAUCUAAGAAUGGAUUUUGAUGUUGAGGGAAAAAGAAAGGAACAGCAUCAUAUACAGAUUUUGUAACAGAAACAUUCGUUUUGCUUGAAACUUCUACUCUGGGGCUUCAGUUCUCCAGCGGGCUAGUGUUCUGUUUUCUUUUUGUAAUCUUGGAAUCUUGUGUUGCUCUAAAUAUAAUUAAAAAUGGCAGAAACUUAUUUGUUGGCAUACAUGUGUGACUCUGUGUUUGUCUCUUGUCUCUGCUUUCAGAAAUGUCAACCAUUGUAUAAAAUACUGGCUUGCUGGUC